AUGGUCGUUGUUACGCCGGCCAUAGCCGCCCUCACCGGCGAGCUAACCCUCUUCCACACCACCGACCCACUUCUCUCCAACUCGCCCAUCCUCGUCUUCUACGGUCCUGCGCCCUCCAUCUCUGCCGCUACCUCGCGCAUCCAGAUCCACGUCUUCACCCCAGCUGGCUUCGAAUCCUACCCCCGUGUCAGCAUCUCGCCCAAUGCUCCUUACUACGCUGCUGUCAAUUCACUCCCACGAGAAGAGCAGGGCGAUGAAGUCUGCCGUGGUCUGGCCUUUGGUCUGUCCAAGUACUUCGCCGAGGUCCCCAGGCCUUCAAGGGACGCAUGGGUCGCCCAAGCAUGUCCCUCCAGGAAAGCCGCUUCUGCCUUUGCCCUCUUCAGUGACGCCCACGUCGCCAUCCUGGCCACCCGUAUGAACAAGGUCGAUAAUUCUGACGAGAUCAUCAACGACAUACAACGCUCUCUCAGCGAACAAACCGUAUCAUGGCUAGACUUGGACGUUGUUCUCCCUCCCGGAUCCAUUGAGCCUGUCAAGAUCGACGAUGAAGAGCCCGAGCAAGAGAAUGUUGACGAAGACGAGCUGUGUGCCCGUCGGUAUGGAGACUAUGCACCUUUCAUCAAGCUGCUAGGUGAACCUGCCUUCCUGCCCACCUCCAAGUUACGAAGGGCUCCUUCCAAGCCUACCGCAAUUGGCCGUAGUCAAGCUUUCCUCAGGGACCAGCGCGACGUGGCCAGGAAGGAAAUGAGUGAGCUAGUCGAUACCGAGUCUAAUUAUAUCAACAAACUCUCCCUACUGGUAACCGACAUUGCUUCUGACUUGCGAAAAAUUGUUCACAACGACGCUAUCCCUGUCUCGAAUCCCAUGGAACGCACGAUUAACGAUCUGUUNUCUCCUUUUCUCGACAAAAUGCUUGAGCUGAACUCAGCCUUUCUCGAGGCUAUUCGUCGUGUCCUGGACGACACUGAAGACUCGACUAUCCUGGACCUGACAGACACUGCCGAAGAAACCUCCCACGAUGAGCCUAUAACGGACACGAUUGGCUUGACAGAGUUCGCAAAGUGUUUGAUCGAAUGGUUCCCGAAGUUUGCUGAAUGUUAUCCCUCUUACAUGCAAGCACACUCAAGGUUUCCACGACUGAUGAGAAGACUGGCACGUAUUGGAGAUGCAAACAUCCUCGACAAGAUCCAGGAAUUCGGAGAGAAGCGCCUAAACUCUCUGUUGAUUGAGCCGGUACAACGUCUGCCGCGCUACACGUUGUACAUCGAUGGUAUUGCAAAGCAGCUUCCAGUAGCUCAUCCUGCACUCAAAUUACUACUCAAAGCUCGGGACAUAGUCUCGGAGAUCUGCUCGCAAGAUGCACCGGGUGCUCAAGAAACGAACAUUUGGGAACGUCUGCAGCGUAUCGUCAAGUCAUGGCCAGAAGAAAUCGAAUCUGUAGGUCGACUGAUCACCAUAGUUGAUGUGGUGGAAAUGUUCCCUCCGUUCGAGGAUGGCCAUAGCCGUGGAAGCUCGGGCGUCCUCAUGUUGUUCACCGAUUGUACGGUCUUUGUGGAAAAGCGAACUCAGAUGGCAAUGUCUGCGCGAGCCUUGCUGUCAGAACUCGGAAAACCAUUGCUCGAGGACCGUCGUGACUCGACUCGUCCAGUCACUCCGCCAUCUUUGCAUUUUGUUGAUUCUUUCAGCCUACAAGACACCACCGUAACGGAAUACCUGGACAAUCGCGCCAUAACCAUUAUGCCUCUGUCAUCUGGCCCGGAUCCCGGCAUUGCAUGUGAGCAGCGUGUUUAUCUUCUUGAAGGAUCAUACUCUGGAAAGGCAUCUAAGUUCCAAGAAGAGUGGACCAAGGCCCAGGUCGAAGGCCGUUUCACCGAAGAGGAACGUGAGAGUGGAAAGUGGGAAGUUCGCAGUGCCCAAAUUGCUGGUGGAGAGCUGAAUCUGUUUAAUGCCAUUUUCGAAGGUUGUCAAAGGCAUCAUCAAGAUAACCCAUCCGAAUCUGCACGAAUUCGUGUAAUCAUCGACCCAAGCAAGCAUGAACACCUUACACCUGUUGGAGAGAAUCAAAUCGAGGCGAACGUGUCCUUGGAAAAGUCGGAGAAAGGGCAGUGGCGCAUAUCGAUAGAGAGCGCUUUCUCGAUGGCUACACGGGAUAAGGUUGACGAAGGAGAAUUUCUCUCUAUAUUGAUACGUCGGCUGAGCGGGUUACUAACAUCUCGAUUCUCGACCAAAAACUCUGCCAUCACUUCUUCAUUCGUCCUUCGUAACCAGCAGGUCUUGGACGACUUGCAUCUGGAGUUCGAAAAGAAAGAGGCCGAGGUAUCAGUCGCACGGGAGCCUUCUUCUAGUCAGGAACAUCAUCGUCCCAAAUCUCCCGUCAAGAUGAUUUCCAACUUCCUCUCUCAGUCAGCACAUGGACGUCAGACCCCGACUUCGCGAAAGCUUCCUCAACCCAACGCCUUCUCAGAUGCCCCUCUGCUUCUUCCAAGUAGUAGAGAUGGAAGUCGACCAUCUUCUCGCGACCAGCCUCUACAGCUCUCUGUGACGCCCGAGAGAAACAACAGCGUGGCAAGCCCUUCAAGAAGACUCGAGGAUGCGCUGAAUACCUAUCUCCUAGCCCUGCUUGCUCGCAAAGGCAACAUUGUUGGCAAAGUUGUGCAAGGCAGAUCGCGUGCAAACGAGCUCUCUGUCAAUGAAUUGUACAACUCGUUGCUUGAGGACCCCAACAUGAUGGUGGUAGCAGCCCAGUCUUCCAUUGAUGUCCUCUUCGCUGCUUUCGAAAAGUUCCUCAAUGUCGCUUGGAAAGAAGGCAUUGGUGCAGUGAUGACAGCAACUCAGUUCCAGACCAUCCAGACUAAAGCCGAGAGUCUGUUCCCUGUCGACUUUGAGCGAUACUUCAAAGACAGUUUUCACAAUAUGUCUCCUCCAAACCAACGAGCAUUGAGGGGGAUUGUAAAACUAUUAGCAGAACUGUUGGAUGGCACUGGCAACGAUGGCGACCGUGGCAUCUUGACUGCAGCGUUUGUGGAGAUUUUGGUCCCUGACGGCAAUCCAUACGACUUUGUGUCACUGCUCGAUAGAUUCGUGGAGGACAUUGAAUCAUUGUUUGGCGAAGUGGUGCAACCUAGAGAAGUAAGGCCUACUCUNGGUGGACAUGGUCGCUCACGCUCCACCAAUACUGCAUCCCUGACCUCGAAUACAUCUUCUUUCCGAAAGAAGUUCGGAUUUGGCUCUAGUACUAGCAGACCGGAACAAGACUUUAAGGUCUCUGUAUGGCGCACCUUAAGCAAGAGCACAAGGCUUCCUGAUCAGCCCUCCAGCUUGUCUAGAGGUACAAUGCAACGGGCGAAGACUACAGACGGCCAUGGCGGAUUACCUAUCAGACCAUUCUCACAAGAAGGACCAAGCAGAGGCCCAUCGCCUCAACCACCUGAACGACCCAUGUCGCAUGACUCCAUGUGGCACAAUACCGGUCCUUCACUUAGAAGCAUAGGCGAGACACUCAGUCCACCAAAUCCUUCGCCUCAUCGAAAGAAACGGCGUAGCUCGCUGUCUGACCUCAAAUCUUUGGAGCUUACUUUGAACGAGUCGCCCUUCAUCUCGCCGUCUGCGAUGCGCUCUUUCGAGGACUCACCCAAGGAGCCAGUAGAGAGGACAAAAUCUCCCUCUCCAACACUCACCAGAGCUAGUGGCAUCCCAACACUUGGUUCAACUCUAGGUUCGCCUAUCAGUGACCGGCCUCGUUCAAGGCUACCAUCUGCAUUUCGCAAGGAGAAUUCGCCUCUCAACCAGCCCAGUCCAUCACCCUCAACCAGACCAAGAAGUCUCAGCAAGCAGCCAGAAGAAUUUGACGCUAGUCCCGGUCCACUUUUGCGACGUGGCAGCAAGCAAGUAGGAGAUGCAACUCACAGUCCGUAUUCCAUUGGAAGACGAAGUUCGAAACAUAUUGAUGAAGGACUUUACCCUCUUGCACGCCGCGGCUCCAAACAAGUUGAGGAUGGACAUAACAUUCUCGCACGUCGUGGAUCAAAGCAAAUAGACGAUGUCAGCGCCGGUGCUUUCCCGACACUCCGACGCAGUUCGAACAUUCCUCUACUUUCGUCCAAGAUCGACAGACCGAAGACACCUUCCACACCAACUACAAGAGCAGGCCUAUCAGAGCGUCCCACAGCUGGCAACGCCAUGCGCAUAAAGACUGGUCAAUCAAGUACUCCAGCAAAGGUGACGAUAAAAUCGCCACCACCUAGUGGUACUCCAACCAGAAAACUACGCAUGCAAUCGCCACAGAAACUACGUGAGCGUCUGCAAGACGAGCACCGUGCUCUUGACACUGCGCAUUCAACCCUGCAAGACGAGUUGAGCCGUAUAGGCGAGGAGAUCACCUUGAACCGCCACAACAGUGUUCUUCGUGGUAACGACUCGCCCGCUCAAGCUCAAUCAUCCAGCCAUGAUCUCCGUCACCGACUCUCGGCUCUUGAAGCCUCUCUCCCCUCUUCUGUCGACGCUGUAGCAGCUCGUGUAGCCAAGAUCCAAGCUGAUGCGCUAUCAUCCCUCGCCGUGUCAGAGUCCAAAUCCAAGAAACUGGAUGAGCUGUAUCGUGAAGCUAACGCCGAGAAUGAAGCAUUGUAUGCACGAUUUAAUGAUGAAUUGGCGAGGGUGCUGAAGGCUGUCAGGAGCGGGCAAGGGGUGGACGAGUUGAAGAAACAGGUCCGAGAGUCGCAGGAUGAGGCUGGAAGAUUGAGAAGAGAGAAUGCUAGAUUGAAGCGUGAGGUUUUGGGGUUGAGAAGUCAGUUAAAGGAGUGA